CUUGAAAAGCUUUAUGCGCUCCCCUGUCCCCCCCAUCCCUGAACCCAAGGAAACCAGUUGUUCUCUUCGGUAGGCUUUCCUUUUGCCGAGCAAGCCUCUCCUACCGCCGGGAACGUAAGCUUUUUGACCUCGGAAGGAUCCGUAAAAUCUCGCGAUACGCGCGGCUCGCGGGGGGAGCUGUCAUGGCUGCGCCGGUAUAGAACCACGGGGUUCUGACCUCAGGAGAGUGGGCUUCGAGCCCAGGCGGAGCAGUUGGUGGUGCUACGCGCUGUAGAUUCUUGACUUCUGGAGGAGGGUCGAACGAGUUGCUUGGGGCUUGACUUUAGCGGUGGGUUAAUGGUAGGUGGCCCAGCUGCGAAAAGACUGGCUCCUAACCCUUGAGGAGCUCUGGCGAUACUGGCUGAGUGUGUCCCCUCCGCAGCGCAGGCCGCAUGCGACUGUCCCUUUCGUGAGUCGCUUCCUCUCCUCAGCGUUCUACUUGUCUCAGUCCCUGUCCUUUACAGUCCGGGGUCGGCCGUUGCUAAGUCUUCGUGUUAGAGUAUCCGUCAGCCGUCCGAACUUUUUCAUGGACGACAUCACCAAAGCGGUGGUACCAUGAAAUCCCUCCCUUUCUUCAUAGGAAACCGUGUGGGAACACUUUUCAUGAGAAAUUUCACUUACUUAUUUUUUAAACUCCCGACGGUCGACCGCAAACUUACCUGGCUUCUCAAAGACAGUUUCUACAUUGUGGGAGAAGUGGAGGAGGCCCGCAUUGGAAAACAGCGGGCAUGCCUUCUCAAGUGUAGGGCAUUCACUCCUACAAGUGUCAUUUGUGUUAGGUAGACUACUUUAAAGGGAUUUGAAAGUACUGGAGUGGAUAGCACAAUGACUAACAGAGCGGGUUCCUUUUUACGGAACCUCAGUAAGUUAGUUCCAACAAGCAGAACUAGGAGGCUGGGAUUUUCCAGACCAAAAAUUGUCCAUUCAAACUGGAACCCAAGAAACCUUCUCUUCGGUGACUUUGAUAAUAGAGUGCAGUCAUCUGUUAGAUACCUCUUUCAGGACGCCUUGUCAGGAGAUAAUUUUCAGGGCAUAGGCCCUGAAAUAGUCCAUACAGUCAACAGACUGCUUUGUCCCAGAAGACUGUCCUUUGAUUCAAAACAUUCUGUCUCUGAUAACGAAUUGAAGAAGAUCAACUUUCGUCAUGAGGCCUCCAAUGAAGAUGUGCUCACCAAGGAAACAAAACCAUCCCCUGUCAGCCUUAGAAAACUGUCUCAGGAGUGUAGUUCUCUGAGUGAUGUGCUAGACAUAUUUUCAGAAGGACCUACUUUCCCCAGUAGUAACUAUUUUUCAGCAAUGUGGACAGUCGCCAAAAGGAUGUCUGAGGACCAGAGGCGCGUUGAAAAGCAGCUGAUGUUUAACCACCCUGCGUUUCAUCAGCUGUGUGAACAUACGUUGAGGGAAGCCAAGAUCAUGCACUAUGAUCACGUACUGUUCAGUCUUCAUGCCAUAGUGAAGCUUGGAAUUCCUCAGAACACUCUGCUGGUACAGACUUUGCUGAGGGUGGCCCAGGAACGUAUCAAUGAGUGUGAUGAGAAAUGUCUUUCAGUUUUGUCAGCCGUUUUAGAGGCAAUGAAGCCAUGUAAGAAUGUGGACGUUCUUCGAGCAGGCUUGCGAUUACUUGUUGAUCAGAAAGUCUGGAAAAUAGAACGUGUCUUUACAUUACAAGCUGUGAUAAAAUGUGUUGGAAAAGAUGCGCCAGUUGGUCUUAAAAGGAAACUGGAGAUGAAAGCCUUGAGAGAAUUAGACAGAUUUUCUGAUUUGAAUAGCCAGAACAUGUUUGAGGCAUUAGCUGCCAUGAAUCACCGCUCUGUUAUACUUCUGAAUGAAUGCAGUAAGACGGUCAUAGGUAAUAUCCAUGGAUGUCCUGUUAAAGUAUUGAUCACCAUAUUGCAGUCUUGCAGAGACCUCCAGUACCGUAAUUUAAAUCUUUUUAAGGCAAUAGCAGAUUAUGUGGCUACAACUAUUGAUAUCUGGAAGUUAAAACAAGUUCUCUUUCUCCUCAUUUUAUUUGAAAACCUUGGCUAUCGACAUACUGAUUUGAUGGACUUGUUCAUGAAGAAAGUGAUAGAUGAUCCUGGCUCUCUAAACAUGAGGAGCAUUCUUUCUAUUCUUCAUGUGUAUUCUUCUCUCAAUCACUUCUACAAAAGCCAGACCCCAAAGUUCCAAGAAGUUAUGACUAGCUCUCUGACUGGUUAUCUUCACCACAUCUCUUCUGAAAAUCUACUGAACGCUGUGUGUUCGUUUUGCUUGAUGAACCAUUUUCCCAUGGCCCUUAUUAACCCACUUCUCCAAAAGGACGUCAUCAAUGAGCUGCUGGUAUCAGAUGACACUGAGAGGAAUGCUCACAAGCUUCGUAUUUUGGCUGCUUGCCUAAAACUUGAUAUUUCUUGUCACAUGGACAUAGACUUAGAACUGUUACCGCCACCGUCCACACCAUUAUAUCCACAUGAGAAGGUGACAGAUGCGCUAAGAAGCCUUCUGGGAGAAGGAUGCUUUUCAAAAAAUACACAGUUGCCACAUAAUUAUUGUAUCGAUUUUGAAGUCAGAAUGGAUAUUAACAGAAGUCAAGUGCUUCCAUUUUCCAGCGUGGUAACUUCUGCAGAUAUUCGAAGGGUAGCUAUACUGUGUGUUCCUAGAUCUGCAUACUGCUUGGAUUUAGGCCACCCCAAAGGAUUCCUUGCCAUGAAAAUGCGACAUUUGAAAAUAAUGGGUUUUCAUGUAAUCUUGGUCCCCAAUUGGGAGGUGGAAAGGCUGGAGAUGAAGGAUGUAGUCACAUUUUUGAAGACCAAACUCUACUCAACCGAAGCCUUUUUUACUGCUGGUGUAAAUCUACAAAGCACGUGUUAAAGUGAAAGCAGCCUUUUCGUAUUAGCAGACAUAAGUUUGUAAAAUAAGUUUAAUAAAGACUACAAUUCAGUUGUCAAUAGACUUUACCUGACUGCUCACCAUGGCGGAAAGUGUCACUUUAGUUCACUGUUAAAAUAAAUUUUAAGAGUGGAAGAAA